AUGGUCCACCCCAGCGAGGCACGGAGGCAUCCGCUGGAAUCCAAGCGGGGCUCCUGGAGGUGGCAGGAGAUGGGGGGAAUCAGAAGCUGCCCAGAACACCCAGGACACGCGGCUCUGCCCACACCCACCUCUGCUGGUCCUUGCGGUUGGUCAGGCCUCGGGGGGCUGCUCGGUGCCCAGGGGGCGGCCCAUCGCCAGGCUCGGAGGCGCGGCCCCUACCCCAUCCCGGCGCGGGCGAAGCUGCGGGCGCGGGGCUGCGGGGCUGUUUCCCCAAAGCCUGGCAAGUGGGAGCUAUUUGGCUAUUUAGCAUCCCUGUCAAUCACAGAGAAGUCAAAUCCACUGACCCAAGGCCUGGACACAGUAGACACUGAGCAAAUCAUUCAAUUUCUGGGGCACUGUGAUUCUGAAAUCUUUCAGGAGGAGAGCCCAGCCAUGCCAGCAUGCCAGCUGAGCAGUGAUUCUACAAUGAAUCAUGGCGAUUCAUUGACCACCGUGGUGCAAGUGGCUGGGAAAUUUCAGAAAAUGCUGAAGAAGUCAGAGGGAGGUGCUGGUGGUGCUGAGUGGAGGGGCACUUCUGGCCCGAUGGCUUUCCUCAGUUCACUUUCCUUUAACCAGCUGAUGAAAGGUCUAGGACAGAAACCUCUUUACACCUACCUCAUUGCAGGAGGUGACAAGUCUUUAGUGGCCUCUAGGGAGGGGACAGAAGACAGUGCCUGCCUGAAUGGGACUGAGGAACUGAGGAAGGUGACUGCUGGGAAGAAGAGGGUGAUUGUCAUUGUCAUUUUGAUGGGACUCUAUUCUCCCUUUGUGUUGAACCAGAUGGACUACUGUAUGGACAACACAAGCACCUUUGUGCCAGUCUUGGUUGGUUUCAACCCAAUAAGCAUGGCCAGGGAUGAGCCCGCUGAAGACUGGAGCUCCAUUCUACAAGUAGCAGAGCAGACACAGAAACUGCAGGAGAAGCAGGGAGUUUUUGUGCUCAAGCCUGCGUUGGGGGAGUGGGCAGAAGGCAUUGUUGUAUCUCAGAGAUGCCUUCUAGGAAGCCUGCAGACAUCUGAGUGGGCUUACCAGGUAACCUGUAGCCAGAGCUCCAAGAUGGCUGCCCUGAUGAAGUUGGCCAGCACUGGCCUGGAGUGAAGAGGCCAAAUGAAGCUGGUGGGCUGGCAGGCCCUGGGCAUCCUGGCCACCAUGGGAAGAGUGGGGUGCAUACACACCUUUGGUGCUGAUUUCGGAGAUGUGUGUGGCUUCCUCGCUAGUGAUCAUAGUAACAUGUUUAACCAGGAGGCUGAGCUCAUCUACAGGAGGAUUUGGUUUAGUGGAAAGAAUACUAGAGUUUCCAUUCCCCUUACAGGUCUGAAGUUCCAGUGUGAGCUCAGCACCACGUGGGUGCUGAAUACAGUGAGUACCAAGGUGCAUGUGCUUCUUGGGAAGACCUUCUGAAACCAUAUGCCGGACCUCCGCAUUCGAAACUCCAAGCUCUUCUGGUGGGCACUGGCCAUGCUGCAGACAGAUUUCUCCAUUUGUGGGAAAUUAGCUAUCAGCAUCGCCAGCCUAGCCAAUUGA